CACGAGAGUGACGGAAGCAACUUCGUUUCUGUGGUAACCGGGCUACGCGUCCUCCUUGGAGGCGGGAGUGGAUCGCUGUGUCCAGAGUGACAGGGAUAAAACAUGUCAAUACUCACCUCUCCAAGAGGAAAGAUAGAAGUGGUUCAUUGCCGAAGAACAGAAUCGCAGGAUAUUUAUUGUAUCAAAAACCUCAUUAGAAAAUUUACCCAGAAACUGUUUGGGAGUCUUAAUAUCAUCUAUCUUCUGGAAAAGGCAAACCUUGCUGUUACCCUUCACAAUGACAAGGAGGAGAUCAUGGCCCAGGCUACCUUCCUGGAUUAUCCCAACUGGAAUGUCGCCAAGCAGGACGAUUGGGUGUCUGUGUUCCGGGAGCUCGACAGUGAAAUCCUGUGCACCUCUCUGAACACGUUGUUCAUGCACCUCUUUGUGGCUGUAGAUGAAUAUUCUGUUGGCUGCUGCAAAGAGAUUAUUCGGACCGUGUUUAAGGCAGUGCCAGAACUGCACUUCAUCUUUCUCAUAGUGCCAUCCCACAUGAGCCUAGGCUCCACUCUUGUUACUGUGUUUGAUCAAGUGGGGAAUGUCCCAAGUCUGAUGUAUGAUGAGGACUUGGCCGUCCAUGUAUGUCACAGGCACAACCAUUACCCUCAGCUGCACAUUCGCAAAGCAAGGGUAGAGGAUCAUGAUGAUCUCAUGCCGAUAUUUAUGCACCAUGACACAGUUCUGAAGAAAACUUAUGGCGAGUUCUUCUUGGCUGAACUAAUAGAAGCCCAAGAUGAAGAGAAUCAUGCUGUCAUAUGUGAGGUGGAAGGCGUGGCUGUCGGUUUCAUGAGUGUGUGCUCCAGAGUGAAUAUGCAUCUCCUGCAUGAGUGCUUUGACUUGGGGCCCUUCCAUGGACUCUGCAUCCCACAUCCCAAUGAUGUUCUGGAACCACCACAGGAGCUAAGCAUUCAAGGAAGUCAAGAUGCUGAGCUCAGGAGUAGCAGCCAGGGUUCCCAACAGAAAGCUGAGGAGCCACAGGAGCCUGUCUCUCCAGAGGUGGUGGAAAGCAUCCAGAGGAGAAUCACAGAAGAAGCUGCAACCAAGGAGCUGUUAUCUACAGUUCAAAGUGGAAAUAGUGAAAUGGAGAACAUAGAAAAACUCAGUCCUGAGUUCACUGUGGAUAAUGUAGAUUCCCAUGUCAGUGAUAUGAGCUUGGCAUCCAUCUUGCUGCCUAAAGAGACGAGCUACUUCCGCCCGGUCUACAGAGGAGCUUCAGCUGCUUUUUGUAUUCAGCUAUUUUGUAUUGAUGAGAAACAUGAAGCAAGGUCGAUGGACUUUAUGAAUUUUGUUUUCAGUCUUUUUCCUGACAAGAACUUCUGCAUCAUUUCUCUGCCCCAUCUCACCCCUGAGUUUGCCCUCAUUCAGAACUUCAUGAAGGUGGUCCCCUUCAACAACUGUACCCUGGAGCAGGACCUCUAUGUCUUCCAUAAGGCUGGAUUGCUAAAGUCCAUUAACAUAAGAUUAGCCACUUUCUUGGAUACUUCUGCUGUUGAAGUUCUCAUUAGCACCCUCAUGCUGAGCAAAAGCAUAUUGGAAGAUUUAAAGCACUACAAUGAGGCUCAUAGAGAUCCUGAUGGAACACCACUGCAGGCAUUUGUAGCUGAAGUUGCAGAACAAAUAGUUGGCAUUGCGGUAAUCAGAAAUGAAAUGGAUAUAGAAUACAUACGAUCUCAUUACAACAUUGAGGAUUUCAUCUACUUCAAUCACCACCAGCGUGACGAACAUGGGCACCUCUGUCACUUUGCCCUGAACCCCAUUUUUCGGCACUACACCAAAUUUUUUCUGAAGGAGAUCCUCCGUUUAGGCUAUAAAUCCUGUCUCUACUACCCUAUUUAUCCAAAGUUCAGGGAAGGCAAGUUCCAGAGCUGCUAUGCCCACUCCCUGACAUCCGCCCUUCAUUACUUCGUUCCCGUGCGACCACGACGACAGAUUGUCUAUCCUCUGGAAAAGCUUGGCAUCAACGCUCCAUCAAAGGAGGUCUCCAAGGAUGCGUUGUGUUAUGCCUUGAACCAUACAAACAGAAAACUAACACUGGAACCUAAAAUAACUGUCAAUGCCAAGAUUGUUGUGGUUGGUGCAUCCAGUGUUGGAAUUUCCUUCCUAGAGACACUGGUAUUUUGCUCUCACCUGAAGUUCAGUAACCUCACCCUGAUUUCAACCCAUGGACUCCCUGGAAAAAAACUUCUGGGCUCUGAACAGAGGAAAUUUCUAGCAACUGACCACUGUUUUAAUGAUAAAGAUCACGCGUUGAUGUCACUGUGCUCCUGGGUCAACGUGGUGGUUGGUAGAAUGACUGCCAUAGACCGAGCAGCCAAGCAUGUUGUGGUUUCCAAAGAAGAAAUCGUGCUCUAUGACCACCUCAUCCUCUGCACGGGGCAGCAGUACCAGGUCCCAUGCCCUACAGGGGCCGACAUUAGUCAACAUCUAACCAACAGAGAGAUCCCAAACAGCAGUAAGCAGCCGUACACUGGUAAAGUUCCUUGCAAUCAUUUCACUCUCAAUGAUGAAGAAGAUUGCUUUAAGGCCCUGGUGUGGAUAAGGAACAAGUCCUUCACCACAGAAGGGAAUGUCAUUGUCUAUGGGAAUACAAUUGACACUUACACCACAGUGGAGACGCUCUUGAACAUUGGUGUGAGGGGCUCCUCCAUCCACCUGGUGCAGCCCCCGCCCACCUCCACCAUCACCUGCAUCAACAACUACUCUGUGGAGAGCGCCGUGGAGGACGCGCUGAAAGCAGCCGGGGUGACCAGCCACCGGGACGCGCUGCUGGCUCAGUGGAACGAUGGCCUGUACCCAGACCCCAUUCACAGCGCCUGCUUCACCACACCAACCAAGCCUUUCAAACUUGCGUGCUCAGUGUUCUUCAGCUUUUGUGAUAAGAAUGUGGAUUAUGAAACAUUUAAAGCUUUCAAUGAUGCAUGUCUUGUCUAUGAUGGCCAACUUGUGAUUGAUAGCGACUUCCACACCAAUGAUAUAGCCAUCAGAGCUGCCGGCUCCCUCACCAAAUUCUCCAGCAGAUAUUACUCAAAUGAGUGGACCCACAGCAACUUCAGUUCCAAAGAAAUUGGCUUCCAGCUGGCAGCAGCAGUGCUCAGCCUCUUUGAUCCAACCCUAGAGCCUGUGACUGAGCCACCGGCUGGUCUUGACCAACUCAUCCCCAUGUACAAGGGAGCCAAGAUCCAAGGAGGCAUUCUUCCUGGGUCUUACCAUUAUCUGCAUGUUGCCAAACCUGCCAUUCCAGCUCCACUGGAUGUACAAAUGGCCCAGCCUGAUUUUGGUACAGAAAUAGUAACAGGCAACGCGAAAAAUGGGACUUACUUCCGAAUACACAUUAACAAGUAUAGAAUGGUGGAAACCAUCACGUGCCUUUCCAAAGAGCCUUUCCCUGCGUCCAACUACAUCUGCUUGUUUGGCCAGCACGAGCAAGUCCUAAACAACCUCUGUGCUCGGUAUAAGGACAAUCUGGUCCCAGACCUCUACAGCUACUUCAUGGAGUCAUGGUGCAUGGCCCUCUUUCACGAUCGUUUUAUUGAUCUCAGGAAAGAGUUACGCCAAAUCUUAACCUCCAAGAAGGAGGAAGACCAUCCUUCCAUAGAACAGUUAGCCCGACAGAUAGAAGAUGAGGAAAUUAACCUGAUGGAGAAGCCCAGGAAAUACCUCAAGAGAGUUUUUCGGGAAACCAUCUACAAGACUCUGGUGGAGAAGAGCAUCCUUGACUACCUGCACCAUAAUCAUUACCACCUGCCCAUGUACGCGUGGCCAGGCAUCAUUUAGUUGUGGCCAAGGUCUGCACUUUAUAGUUUUCAUAUACGUAGUUCCUGGAAGUGCUCUGUAUAAAUCGGAAGCCUCUCUGAAGCCUAGGUUAACAGACAAGCCCCACCGUGGUUUUGUCCUCUUCAAGCGUCCACUCAUGCCUGUAGUUUUCUAUAUCUCCAGUAGGUGGCGCACAGCCGUGCGUCUCCACUCCCGGGCAGGGGCCGCUGUAGCAGCACUAGUUAUAUUCCUGUGCAGAUAAAUCCAUUUUAGUGAUCAAAUGAGAUCGUCCUGUAGAAAA